AUGGAGAAUCAGAUAUUGCUUGACAUAAGAUCAGUUAUAGAUGGUGGACUUGUAACUGAAAUAUUUAGCCAAAAUAGUCCAAUUAGUUCUGAAAACUUUAAUUUGGAAACUGCAUUAAUUAAUAAUCCCAUUGAAGAGGGAUUGUCGUCCAGUCAAGACAAUCACUUAUGCACCAUAGCUGUGGGAGAGACUUUGUUAGAUCACUUUAAGUAUCCUCUUACCUUUGAAAAUCAAAAUACACUAGCAAAAGUUGAAAUAUAUCCACAUGGAAACAGCAGCUGUGACAAUGAAGAUCUUGAAAAAUACAAGGAAUUAAAUUUUCUGGAAGAAGCUGAACAUUUGCAUUCACCUUAUCUGCCUUCAAAUGGUGUCCAUUUUCUUUCUUCUGUGGUGAUGCAACAUAAAAAUUGCAAUGAUCCAUCUUCAAGCAUUUCCUCUCUAGAAGGAGCAGUCAGUCAAAAUGUCAGAAUGAUACCAGUGUUCAGAUCAUUAAUUCCUCCAGUUGCAGGUGAGAAUAACUGUAUUUGUUAUGAUCAAUUCAAAGAAAUCCAUAGCAGUUCUGUGCAGUCACAACACUUGCCAGAUUGCUUAAAUGAAUCUUCCAGUGGUGUCUGUGGCAUACCUCAGACUAGUGAGUCUAUCUACGAUGAAAUUGCUGAAGUAAGAGAGGCAGUUAGUAAUGUUAUGGAGAAUGACCAAGAUGAAGCCAUUUUUCAGAGUUCAAAUGUAGGCAAAUCUGGCUCCAAGUUAUUAGCGUUGCACAGUUUAAUGGAGGAACCCAGCUGUUCACACAGAAAUGAUUCCAAUCCUGUGGUGAUAUGCCAGUUGGACGGAGGUACUCAGAUACUCUGUAUAAACAGUUCUGGCACAAGAGAGCUGAAAAGAGUUCAUCUUAUUCCCCAGUAUCAAGACCGACAUAAUUAUCUUCAAUCAGACGUGGGCAACCCUGUAGCAACUGUACUUGGGCAGUUUUUGCCAGUUCCAGGUAAACUGGAUUUGAAUGAAAAACAGUUUGAAAAUGGAUCCUUACAAUCAGUAGCUAGCGCUGCCACAUACCAUUCAGAAUCAAAUCUGCAAGGACCAAUGAAAAUGACUUCAGUUGGCUUACCUUUUGGCUCAGGAGAUACAAAGUCUAAAAAACCUUGUAACUGCACUAAAUCUCUGUGUCUGAAAUUAUACUGUGACUGUUUUGCUAAUGGUGAUUUUUGCAACAACUGCAACUGCAAUAAUUGUUACAACAAUUUACUUCAUGAACCUGAGCGAUUUAAAGCCAUUAAGGCCUGUCUUGAUAGAAACCCAGAAGCUUUUCUGCCAAAGAUUGGGAAAAGGACGCUGGGAGAAAUUAAACCUCGUCAUAACAAAGGAUGUAAUUGCAAGCGCUCAGGAUGCCUUAAGAAUUACUGUGAGUGCUUUGAGGCUAAAAUUAUGUGUUCCUCUAUUUGCAAAUGCAUUGGUUGCAAAAAUUAUGAAGAAAGUCCAGAUCAAAAAAACCAGUUGAAUGUGCCAAACUACAUGGACCUCGGAAAUAAUGAAGUAAAUAGCCCAGUUUUUACAUCAGCAUUUGAAAUGUUACCAAAAUCGAAGACGGACAGGCAACCAGCUGUAUGUAUAUCUUGGGAAGAAGUGAAAGCAACAUGUGCUUGUCUCCUGGUGCAGGCUGAAGAGGCAGAAAAAGGAGGUUACUCUGUUUGUCUAGCUGAACGAAUGAUCGUGGAGGAAUUUGGGAGAUGUUUAUCCCAGAUACUACAUGCAUAA